CCAGAUAAGUCCUCCACUGAAGUGCUUUAACUAUAGGAUCAGAGUACAAUGUUGUAAAAUGGUAGAUGAACCAUGUACAACUACUCCCGUCACUACUAAACUUAGUACUACAACUGAAGUUCCAACUACAACCACAAUGUCUACAACACCACAUACUGAACCUACUACAACAACUGAAGUUCCAACUUCAACCACAAUGUCUACAACACCACAUACUAAACCUACAACAACACCAACUGAACCUACUACUACAACUGAAGUGACAACUACAACCACAAGAUCGACAACGCCACUAACUAAACCUACUGCUACAACUGAAGCGACAACUACAUCCACAAUGUCUACAACACCACCUACUAAACCUACAACAAUCCCAACUGAAUCUACUGCUACAACUGAAGCGCCAACUACAUCCACAAUGUCUUCAACACCACCUACUAAACCUACAACAACACCAACUGAACCUACUACUACAACUGAAGUGCCAACUACAACCACAAUGUCCACAACACCACAUACUGUACCUACAACUACAACUGAAGUUCCAACUACAACCACAGAAUCUACAACACCAGUUCCAACCACAACAACAUCUAAAUCUACAACACCAACUGAACCUACUACUACUACUGAAGCCACAACUACAACAACACCAAAGACUACAACAACACCAACUGAAUCUACUGCUACAACUGAAGUGCCAACUACAUCCACAAUGUCUACAACACCACCUACUAAACCUACAACAACACCAACUGAAUCUACUACUACAACUGAGGUGCCAACUACAACCACAGAAUCUACAACAACACCAGUCACAGUAUCUACGACUCCUUCAACAACUACUCCUGCUCCCUGUAAUACUAAAAUGAAUAGAUGUGAGUGGUCAGAGUGGUAUGAUGUGUAUGACCCAAAAAAUGACAACAGUGACUUGGAAACAUAUGAGAACAUCAGAAAUAGCGGUAAACAGGUAUGUCAAGAUCCGAGCAACAUUGAAUGUGGAUCGACAGUUGACACUAGGAAAAACUUCAAUGACUUUGUGAGUGAAACUGGCCAAGUUGUUACUUGUGAUCUGAAAAAUGGUUUAACAUGUCAACAAAAGGACCAGAUAAGUCCUCCACUGAAGUGCUUUAACUAUAGGAUCAGAGUACAAUGUUGUAAAAUGGUAGAUGAACCAUGUACAACUACUCCCGUCACUACUAAACUUAGUACUACAACUGAAGUUCCAACUACAACCACAGAAUCUACAACACCGGUUCCAACCACAACAACAUCUAAAUCUACAACUCCAACUGAACCUACUACUACAACUGAAGUGAUAACUACAACCACAAGAUCGACAACACCACUAACUAAACCUACUGCUACAACUGAAGCGACAACGAUAACAACACCAAAGACUACAACAACCCCAACUGAAUCUACUGCUACAACUGAAGCGCCAACUACAUCCACAAUAAUCUACAACAACACCAGUCACAGUAUCUACGACUCCUUCAACAACUACUCCUGCUCCCUGUAA